CGAUUGGAAUUGAUUUUCUUUGCUCCACUUGGUGUCCCUUUCACUUUGACUUACACCAAUGGCCUGCUAGCAUUCAUCCAACCGCACGGAAUGACACACUUGACCGACAUGACAUCCCUCAUAACAUCUUUGGGGAUAGAUGCACAAGCGAAGCAAUUCAUUGCUCAAGAGGCAAAACAGUCUUCCGAAAUGAGGGGUAAGAAAAGGUUAGCUUCCAAACCGAAGGCCAUCGAUUCUCAACAGUCUGGGAAGGGUGUGUCGAUGCCUGGUGCAAAGAAAGCAAGUGUGAAACCAAAGAAGAGGAUGCCUCCAGGCAAAGCAGCGCUACAAGAAAUUCAAAGAUUGCAGAAAACCGAGAAGCUUCAGAUUCCGAAGGCAACGUUUUAUCGUUUUGUACACGAGAUUACACAAAAGAGAGAUGAGACUGCUCGCAUGCAGCUUAUUGCACUCCAAGCUCUUCACGAGUUUUAUAAGCAGUGGCUGACAAGAUUAUUCGAAGAUCUUAUUUUGGUAGCAUCCUGUGCUGGAUUUGUGACAAUCCUUCCGAAGGAUCUUCACACUGUCAUUCUGAUACGGAAUGAUGAUGUUAGCGAUAGGAAAGCGUUAGCUCAUGGAUAUUUUAUACCUCGUCGCCGUGCCGUUCUGAGACCCGGAUUAGAAAAGUUGCUUGCUCAUCUACACUUGCGAAGUGUUGUUGAGAAAGAGGACGUGCAAUCUGUGUGCGAGUUGCCACGUGUGAUUGCAAAUGGUGGCGAGUACGUGAUGCUGUCGCAGCGGACAAAUUUGUGUCCAUCAUCCAGUCGUGCCCACAUGUCUUUUAGUUAUUUGGCUAGUAUUGUUGAGAUAUUAGAAGGAGCCGAAGAGUUAUUGGAUUACAAUGCGAUUGAAUCUUCAGAGCCACAGUCUCUAGCGGACAAGGCUAUUGUGAAGUCCUUGGAGACUCUUGCAAACACUGGAUCGGAUGAAGUACCACAAAUUGUAAGAGAAUAUUGGGAUGUAAUGGCUGCAGAAUGCAGCACAAGGGAUGAAACAUUGAAGUUGACAUCCAACGAAGGAGCAGGCAACACGGUCGUGGUAAACAGCGGAAGGACAACCCCUCUAACAUGUAUGAAUUUUGCUUUGGAUUACAAAUAUCAAGGUCCAAAGGCAAUGAGAUUUGGUGAAAGUGAGGAUGAGGGAGAGAGUUUUGAUGAUGAAAUAGAUGACGAUGACGAUAACGACAGCCUGCGAAAAUUUUGGGACAAUCACGCAGACGGUUCAUGUGAUCCGCAAAAAGGAUGGUGUCUCGAUGUUCUCCGGCUCGUGUUGACAUUUGAAGAAUAAAAGCGAAAUAAGGCAAAGACGAACCUCGAUAGAGUGGAAACAAAUGCACAGCCGAUGUUGAUGGUGGAAUGUGAACUGCGUACGAGAAUUGAAGUUGACCAUGGUGAGACAGAUUGUGCAAGACUUGCUCUACAACCGGCUUCGAAUCUUUCGGGAGGAUCGGCUGACAUUGCUGUGGAGGACAAGACAACAGUUGAGAAGAUGGAGAUAUUGCCAGAACACAAAGGAAAGACAUCAGGGGGAAGUAGUCCAGAGAGGCCGCAAGAGUUUGAAGGUCAUAUGAUAACCGAAGAGCGAAAUGAGGCAAAGACGAACCUCGAUGGAGUGAAAACAAAUGAACAGCAGACGUUGAUGGUGGAAUGUGAACUGCGUACGAGAAUUGAAGUCGACCAUGGUGAGACAGAUUGUGCAAGACUUGCUCUACAACCGGCUUCGAAUCUUUCGGGAGGCUCGGCUGACAUUGCUGUGGAGGACAAGACAACAGUUGAGAAGAUGGAGAUAUUGCCAGAACACAAAGGAAAGACAUCAGGGGGAAGUAGUCCAGAGAGGCCGCAAGAGUUUGAAGGUCAUAUGAUAACCGAAGAGCGAAAUGAGGCAAAGACGAACCUCGAUGGAGUGAAAACAAAUGAACAGCAGACGUUGAUGGUGGAAUGUGAACUGCGUACGAGAAUUGAAGUCGACCAUGGUGAGACACAUUGUGCAAGACUUGCUCUACAACCCGCUUCGAAUCUUCCGGGAGGCUCGGCUGACAUUGCUGUGGAGGACAAGACAACAGUUGAGAAGAUGGAGAUAUUGCCAGAACACGAAGGAAAGACAUCAGGGGGAAGUAACCCAGAGAGGCCGCAAGAGAAGGAUGAAGGAACCAGAGUUGUAGUGUAUUUGGAUGCAGACACAGAGGAGGGCGAGGAAACACAAUCUAUGAGCCAGAAGUUAGUGGCUGCAACUGUUGAUAUAAUGGAAGAAACAGAGAAGCGAGAUAACGACAUUGACAUCCGACGCAGGGAAGACUCUUCAAAGUGUACUCCGAAGUCGAAGACGGUACGCAGAAAAACGCUAGCCGGAGCAACCCCUCUUGCUCCAAGUAAGUAUGUCACCGAAAAGAAACGGGAGCACAACAAAGGUGAAGCGACUGUUGUGGACAGUGCAGAAGUAGGAGGAAGCGGUGAGGAUAUCGAAGGCAGCAUGCGUCGUGGUCGGCAGGCGGGCGAGAGCAGUGGAGGAAAACACAUUGGAGAUCGCGACAUUCAACACAGGCAGUGGCAUGUAGAACGAGAAGGUCGACAACCAUCAUUGACAGAGUCCGAAGACCAGCAGCUGGAGCAAAAAAAAGCAAAUACGGAAGAGGACGAUUCAGAGGACGAGAACAACAGAGACCACGACGAUUUUGGUGAACGUGAAUCGAAUGAAGACGAGGAUGAUGGUAAUGAAGACGGUCGUGAAGAGGAUGACGAGAACGACGCAUACUUCACAAACGAGAUAGCAAUAGUUAUGCAAGGACGUGGGAAACGGGAUGCGUCGGAGAAAAGCAAGCUCAACAAUCGCAUUAGUGACAACAUCCACACGUUAUACGCGCACUCCAAAAUAGUGAAGCAAUUGAUGCGUCAUGUAGCGAAGGCCUUUUGUUUAUCUCGAGCCAAGGAUGCAGAGAUGUAUCCGUCAGUCGACACGUAUCUCGAAUCCUUUAGGGGUCUCACCGAAUCUCUGGACCCGGACACACGAUUCAUCGUAGAUCGGUCGAUGAAGAGCACAAUACUGAUAACACUUCGCACACUUGGAUCAAGAGAGCUGACGAACAUCAUAGGAGAGAUCGCUUACGACAUUGUCAGGGUUUUUUUGAGUGUCGCGAGGCUGCCUUAUCCAUGCGGAACUGUAAGAGAUCGGUUUGAAAAAGAGCGAGAGGAGAUGAGGACGAAAAUGCUCGAACAUUCAUCGUGGAGAGUGAAAGGCGAGGAGUCGUGGGGCGCAACAGAGUUUAAGAAUGCCUUCGCCGACAUCUUCGAGUCACCUACCGUUGUGGUGUCAGGUCGGCCGAUCUCUCACGAGAUCAUUCUUGAGGCCGGUGCUGUGCCGCCGAAAGGUUGCAUCUAUCGGAUGAGCGAGGAGGAGCUUGAGGUCCUCCGUGCACAACUCGAUGAUUUGUUGGCCAAGGGCUGGAUCCGCCCGAGUAGCUCCCCAUAUGGAGCACUAGUUCUCUUCGUCAGGAAGAAGAACAAGGAUCUACAAUUAUGUAUCAACUACCGCAAGCUCAACGCGCAAACCGUCAAGGAUGCGGGGCCUCUCCCUCGCAUCGAUGAUCUUCUCGAGCGGCUGGGCGGUGCGAAGUAUUUUUCCAAGUUGGAUUUGAAAUCAGGAUAUCAUCAAAUCUCGAUUCAGCCGAACGAUCGCUACAAAACCGCAUUCAAGACGAGGUACGGGCAUUUUGAGUGGGUGGUCAUGCCUUUUGGCCUCACCAACGCCCCUGCGACGUUCCAGGCAGCGAUGAUCAAUGAGUUCCGUGCAAUGUUGGACCGGUUCGUGCUGGUCUACUUAGACGAUAUUCUCUUCUACAGCCGGACAUUAGAGGAUCAUCUUGGACAUCUUCGACGAGUGUUGGAGACGCUCCGCCGUGCCAAGUACAAGGCCAACCGCGGCAAGUGCGAAUUUGUCCGGCAUGAGCUGGAAUACUUGGGCCAUUUUGUCACACCGGAGGGCAUCAGUCCGCUAUCGGACAAGAUUCAGGCCGUCCAAGAGUGGUCGGAGCCUCAGAACGUUACGGAUGUCCGCUCGUUCCUCGGUCUUACCGGCUACUAUCAGCGUUUCAUCAAAGGCUACUCCAAGAUCGCGGCCCACUUGAACAAGCUUCAGUGCGAGGAUCGACCGUUUGACUUCGGCGAGGAGGCGCGAGGAUCAUUCUUCGCUCUCAAAGCCGCGCUAUUGUCUGCGGAGGUCUUGCGAAUCUACGACCCGCUCACACCUACGCGUGUUGCUACGGAUGCGUCAGGCUAUGGCAUUGGUGCAGUCCUCGAGCAACAUGAUGGUGUGGACUGGCACCCGGUCGAGUACUUCAGCAAGAAAGUGCCCCUCGUGCAUUCCAUUGAUGAUGCACGCUAGAAGGAGCUCCUUGCCUUCGUCCACGCGCUCAAGCAGUGGCGGCACUUCCUCCUUGGCCGAAGCCAAUUUCGAU